AUGAGUCACUUUAAGCAGUGCGGAGCUGGAGCCCGUGAACCGAAGGAUGGACAGCGUCGUAGGCUGAGGUUCCAGAAGAAGGAUGCCAUCCGUCUUCAGCAGCAGAUUGGGGUCAACGACGUCGCCGUAGCGCCAGAUGCUAUUUUGGGGAGAGAAUGCGGGAGGGAGCAGGAGCCACGGGCCCACGUUUGGGCGCGAAGUUUGAAACGAGUGCCAGUUGUCCACAAACUAACCCGAGCCAGCUUCUUUAUGCCUGCCUGA